AUGGCGGUCAUGACCAGCGCAUCAGGCAUCCUCAUCUGCACGAUGGUGGAUGCGAAAGAAAGCACGUACCAAACCUUUGGACACGCUUCGCGCCUUUAG